UCCCAUAGAGAGUAAGUAACAACAGACUGGGGGGUUUUGUCAUCAGCAGACAGACUUUGCUUUCUUUAUUGCAGAGGCAAAAUCUCAUGUUGUCUUUCUCUUCUAAUGUCAGUGGGACUUAAGCCCAAACAAGGGGACAUAGGAUUGGAGCAUGAGCACAGACGAGCUUAAUGUAACAGCAUGACAGAGCUGCAUGAAGCUGCAGCUUUGGGUAAUUGUGACUUGGUGGAUGAGAUUCUCAAGACAGGGCUGUGUGACCCAAAUUGCAAAGAUAUUUAUUGGAGUGACAGAACACCACUGCACUGGGCUGCAGCAAAAGGGCACUCAAAGAUAAUAAAACGGCUUGUGGAGCAUGGUGCUCGCCUGUGCUUGAGAACUGAAUCAGGAUGGACUGCCGCUCAUUUUGGUGCUGAAUCUGGGAAACUAGGAGUGUUAAGAACACUUCAUUCUCUGCAUGCUCCUAUUGAUGCAGCAGAUCUCUAUGGGGACACACCAAAGAGGAUCGCAGAGAUCUAUGGACACAAAGAUUGUGUCACGUUCUUAGAGGUGGCUGAGGUAGAGUACAGGGAGUUCUGUCAGAGAGCAAAAUUAAAGGGGACUCAGCUGGACCUGGAGGACGAAGAUUGGGAGCCUAAAAAGGCAGAACCUUUGAAAAAUAAAGCCCACACACAAAAGAAACCCACAAAAAAGCAUGUGGGGAAUGGCCAUGAUCCAACUCCUAGAAAUUCUUAUAGCAGGAGAUAACACAUUGCUGUAUAAAUCACACUGAAGAAAGAGAUGCUGCUGAUCAGAGAUAAAGAAUCCAGGAGGUGAAUGAAAAGGAGGGAACUGAAGUUUGCAAACCUUCCCACUGUGGAGAUGCUCAAGCAAACAGCAAAUCGGAGGUCAGAACAAUGAAAAACCAGAGUAUAGCACUGGAUUAUUGACUUAGAGCUUGUAAAGCAGGUCCAGAAUCAGACCACCUUGUGCAAUUUCUAUAGCUUUGCAAGAAACAUGUAGAUUGCUGUAACAGCCCAGUUUUUAUUAUCUAAAUCCAAGUGGCUGUGCCCUAUCUGAUGCAACAUCAAAAUUAAAGCAUUUAUCAAACUCCAAUUAUAGUUUGACUUCCAAGUACCAGCAACACAAUUAAUGGUUGUGCCAAUGCCC